UCAAAACAAGUUGGGUAGCCAUGUUUUGCUCCCACAACAGAGCUCAAUGGCAGACUCAGAUGAUACGUUUCAACUGACGGGAUUGUCAAUGGGGUACAUCUUUCAAAUAGAGUUACGUUCUUCGUACGGCGGACGCUGUAGGACCCCAAACAACUUUUGGAUAGAUUUUUGUAAACUACGCAGCUGUGCUACCUGGGCAAUUUCUAUUUGUGUUGGGUUGUAGUGUGGAGCCUAUCAGUUUGUGUGUGUACAGAACCAAGUGUGUACACAGGGAGUGGACUCUUGCUUAAUCUACAGUUAUGUAGAACUGUCUGUUCCUAUUGAAAUCGAUAGAGUGUGAAGUUGUUGAACUGGGAGAGGGGUCGGGUCUCUCUCUAUCCAGCUAACAGCCUCACAGUACAGGCUACUAUCAAGUGGCUCUUGGACGAGGCUUGGGCCGUAUACCGGGAUAUUUGGAAAAAGCCACAGGAAGCUUUUUCAAAAACUUUAAACCGAACCCCAUAGCACAGGAUGAAGGACCGGACAGACGCCCCGCGUGAUAGGGGCUGGUUGGUGGGGAUCACCUUCUUCAUUCUGGGCCUCGGGACGCUGCUACCAUGGAAUUUCUUCAUGACCGCCUCCAUGUAUUUCAAUAGACGCCUCAACAAGACAGAAUGGAGCAACGGCACGGUGGUGGUCCAGAAAGAGUACUACUUCAACAACUGGAUGACUCUGCUGUCCCAGCUCCCCCUGCUGCUCUGCACUCUGCUCAACUCCUUCUUCUAUCAGCGGAUAUCAGAGAUGGUGCGGAUAGCGGGCAGCCUGGUCUUCAUCCUCAUCCUCUUCAUCCUCACUGCCAUCCUGGUCAAGGUCACUAUGGAGGAGGACUGCUUCUUCUCUGUUACCAUGGCGACCAUCUGGUUCAUCAACUCGUUUGGAGCGGUGUUACAGGGCAGUCUGUUUGGCCUGGUGGGCUUGCUGCCUCAGAGGUACAGCGCUGUGUUUAUGAGUGGCCAGGGGCUGGCCGGCACCUUCGCUGCUCUCGCCAUGCUGGUCUCCAUAGCCAGUGACACAGACCUUGAGACGGCUGCGUUGGGUUACUUCAUCACUCCUUGUGUAGGAACCCUGCUCACUCUCCUCAGCUACCUCCUCCUGCCUCGCCUGGAGUUUGCCCGGUUCUACUUGGACAAGAGCAGGAGCUAUGAGGUGGAGACCACAGACGAGCUGCUGAAAGAGAGGGACACGGAGCAGAACGGCAAGCUGAAGGGCAAGGCCAACGGCUCAUUGGCCAAUGGUGAUGCCAGCGGCGAGGAGGUGGAGGUAGAGGAGGGCAGUCCCAAGCAUAACUUCCUUCCCCUGGAGCAGGCUGAGGACAGGGAUCGGAAGUCCACCGUCAUGGAGGUGUUUAAAAAGAUAUGGGUGAUGGCGUUCUGUGUGGUUUUUGUCUUCACCGUCACUCUCGCUGUGUUUCCUGCCAUCACUGUGGACGUCAAAACCAUAUACCCUGGGAAAUGGGAGUCCUAUUUCAUCUCUGUGUGUUGCUUCCUCAUCUUCAACGUGUGUGACUGGAUCGGUAGAACCGUCACCACCCUGUUCCAAUGGCCUCCCAAGGAGAGUCGUCUGUUCCCGGUGCUGGUGGUCUCCAGGGUGGUGUUUGUUCCCCUGCUGAUGCUCUGUAACGUCCAGAGCCGCUCCUACCUCCCCGUUCUCUUCUCCCACGACGCUGCCUUCGCCUUCAUCAUGAUACUCUUCUCCCUCUCCAGCGGCUACUGUGUCUGCCUGUCCAUGUCCUACGCCCCACAGCUGGUGGCGUCCAAAGAUGCAGAGACGGCUGGGGCCCUGAUGACUUUCUUCCUGGGCCUGGGCCUCUCCAUCGGGGCUGGCUUUUCUUUCCUGCUGCGUCUACUGGUCUAGACAGGCACACCAGAGGGACCACCACCAUCCGUCACCAGUCCCUGUUUCGAACGACGGUCGCCUCCAUGGCCAUUCAUAAAUUGAGCGACCACUGCCACCAAAUGCCAUAUUUUUUUAAUACCUAGAAGGACCUAGGCUGGGAAUAGAGAGCUGCCUGCAUAAAAAGCCUGCAUCAAAAAAAUGAAUUUAGUACUGACCACAAUAGAUAUUAUACAAGGGAUUUGAGUAUUAUCUCUCCAUCUGCCAUACUAUACUCACUGAAAUAACUGAGAGAAUGGCCUUAGGAGCCGGCUUUAAGGGAAUAAUGCGACAUGAAUGCUAGCUACCUACUUAACAAGUGGUUUACAGUGAUAAGAAAGCAUCACUGGUUGCCUCUCGGAAUAAUGGACACAGUCAGUGCCAGACCGCUCUAAACUUGGGUUGUUUUCGUUAUUUUUGAGUUGGACCAUUUUAAGGAUUUCUUUUGUGUUUUUGUAUAAAGUUAUUUGUUUUCUUAGCUUUAGAGCUUUUUAUGUAAGGCGUUAACUUGAGGCCAAGUACUGUAGCUGUGUGAGUGUUUGGAGAGCUAAUGUAUUGUUACAUUAAGUAGUUCCAUUAUAUUAUAAUCCUGUCUAGAAACGACAGAGCAAAUCAUACGGCUACCGGCUCUGAAGUUGAUUUACUUAUUCUUCUCAACGAAGCAUUUUAUUUGAUUUAAAACGUAUAUUUCGGUUUUAUUUACACAUCAGAACAAAGUUACCACGUUACACAGAAAACAUGGACAUUAGUCUGUCGACAUCAGCACAUUCCUAACCUUUUAGCCCGUUGGAGUGGAGAGGAGCACCUAUGGCGUGUUCAGUAGAGUGAAACAGAUGUCAUGUACAGAUAAAAAAAACUAUUCACCAUUCCACGUUACAAGAUUAUCGUGUCUGCUCAAUUAUGUUACCUUUCGAUCUGUGACUCAUCGUUUCCCACCACCUGACCUAGGUGUCGCAGUCAUCCGAUUGGCCUAUGUCUGACUCACUUCCUGUUUACGUGAGGAUAAUGGCCCAGUAGGACUGUUUUUUUUAGAAACAAAAUAUGUUUGAUAGGACCACUCCAGCCCCCUGUUAGCCAAGCAGCUUCUGUUUUGAUUUAUUUUUACGAGGGUUAUGGGAGACUAACCAUAUUCCUAACCCAUUCCUGUCCUCUUGUUCUAAGGGUGGCGUUGAGUCUGACUUUAACACCAUUCCGCUUGGCCAACCUACCGAGUCACUUUGUUUAAAUAGAAGUUUUGCCUUAGAUGUGGUGUACAAAGGCGUGCUGUUCCAGCUUUUUCAAAAAGGAAAGACCCAGGCUUCGUGCUUUGUCGUAAGCAGGGUGUGUUUGUCCCUAUGUAAUUAAAUGUUUAACUUCUGACAAUGACCACGAAAAAAGUGGCAGCUAUUCUGUAGUGUUGAUGAGGUGAAUUGGUUGGAUUUAAAGUAACGAUUUUGUUUCGCUGUUGGUCAUUUACUAGAGUAAACUAUAGUGUUUGAAGUAGGAUCACAAACUAGAAUGGCUGCUAGCUGUCUUUGUUUGAGGCGUUGGCUCUGGGCAAGGUGUCUGUAUCUGCCAAUCUGUGAGCUUCAUACUUCAUAGAGUGUCACACAGACAGUGGGAGUACUAGCUAAACUGCAUUACAGUAGGCCAUUAUAGGGCCUUACAUUUGAAGACAUUACCAUAACACUAAAUCACAAUUCGAGACACAAUUCUCUGGCGAUUUUUCAUUUCUUGAAUGUGUCAUGGCCAAGAUGACUGACUUGGAGUUAGAUUUUACAUUUUUAAACUGCCAGUAUAAAGAGUGCCAUGAACACAAAUGACAACAAAUCACUUUAUUUUCUAAAACUGGGCUUUCAAGCUAUAGAUUUUUAGGACUAUAAAUGUAUUUAUUUUUGCCCAUUCCAAUUUUCUUCUAGAAAUGAACGCAAUCAUUAGAAACUUACAAACUAUUGCAUGAACCAUUUUUUGUGUGUUUGCUCUUUUUUGGUUUCUAGACUUUCUCCAUUACUCUUAUUUUAUUCUCCAUAGUUUUAUUGUUUAAUGCUCUGGAACGUGUGACUUCUAAGUGUUGUUUUUUUAACCUUCCACUUUGGGCUGUGUCAAGGUGUAGUUUAUACAUGCGUAGUCUAUGAGCAGAAUUACUGUUUUACCUCAAUUUGCAACAAAAUCCGUAGUUUGAAUGCCACCUUUUCUAGAAGCUGUUUCAUUUUCCCUACAUUUUCCCCCGCGUUGGGCCACCCUAGCAAUUCGAGUUAGAGCCAAUGAGCUUCAGCCCCUCGCCAUUCGAGUGACAGCUAGCAAGAUGCACACAUAGCAGAGGGAGAGCCAUGACGUGGGGCACAUAUCUGCACGUGACGUAGUACGCAAUUUUCGGGAACUGCUUUUGGCUCAUGAGCGCUACUUUCACAACUACUAGCUAAAAGGUAUACAAAAGUACCGGAGAAUCUCUUCAUUCUGAUUUGAUCAAGGUGUAUGAGUGAGUUUUCGGAAUGGAGUGAACUAAGUCAUAAAUUAGGUACCUGUGCAUAAAGUGUUGUUGAGUGAAACAGCCGUUUGGUUUCAAAAGGGCUGGACGAAGGGCUGAUGUAGACAAUGGCCCUGUUUGAAUACACCCCAAUUCUCCACCCUUCUCCCAAAGUGUGCACUUUCUUGCAUUGGCGUUAACAGUAGUGGAAAAUCCCUCCAACCAAUGUUUUUAAAUCCAUGGCGAGGAGUGUGCAAGUGUACACUUCAGGAAAAUGUUGGAGAAUCGGAACCAUUUACUAUGACUUAUUUCUGGCAGGAGUCAGGGGGUCAUGACCUUGUCUGAAUGAUUUAACAUGGGAUUGUCGUCACAAUGAGGUCGUAUACUGUGGAUCACAGUUGACAGCCUAGAGUUGCGUAAUAACACAUUACUUGAGUAGGAAAUACUGAAACAUAGCAAAGGCCAAGAGUCCGACAUACUUUUGAAUAACCUCUUCUUUAGGAAGCGAGAUCAGAUCGAGGGAAUAGUGAUUCAAUUAUUAGUUGUAGAUAGUUAAAAUAAUACCUGUUGUAAAAGUACUUUAGGCACUAAGCCGUAACGUGGUUUUUGAGACCCCGGUUAUGAGAAGAGAGUCUUCUCAGGAAUAUAAAUGCCAUUGUUACAUACAUGUUACUGUACAGUGUUUUAAUACAAUUUCAGCUUUUGUUUAAUGGCGUCACAAUCAUGCCAAUCAGGCUGUGGCUGUGAGCAGGGAUUUGAUCUGUCAGGAUCAUACUGUAUGAUUGGGCAACAAACAUUUAACGUGCGCUACCACAGCGAAGGGAAUCGUGGCUCUGUGUGUAUAUGCAUGCAUUGGCGUAGUUAUUCUGUGUUGAGGAAUUUGACUUGCUGUUGGGAUAGUUUCUGAUGACAUUAAAUUGAUUGUUUUUAUAUUUUGGUUCAUGUCUUUGUUCAGUACUUGAGUGGACAUCGAAACACACAAGGAUUAAUGGAUUCAUGGAGUAGGUGUUCUAUUUGCUUCUGCAUGGAAGGCACUAUCAAUAAAAAUAUUUAAAAAACA